AUGGAGUCUCUUUUCUUCAAUGUUGACAGCGGCUUCCUGGAGGGCGUAAUCAGAGGCUACAAGGCCGGCAUCCUCACCCAAAACCAAUAUGCCAACCUGACUCAGUGCGAAUCUCUUGAAGACUUUAGAACGCAGUUGUCCGCCACAGACUAUGGAAACUUCCUAGCCAACGAACCUCUCCCCAUCUCCACCUCGACCAUCGCCGACAAAGCCACGCAAGUACUCGUUGACCAGUUCAAUUAUAUCAGAAACAAUGCCGUGCAGCCGUUAAGCAAGUUUUUGGAAUACAUCACCUACUCGUACAUGAUCGACAACGUCGUUCUCCUCAUCACUGGAACCCUCCACGAGAGAGAUACGCAUGAGCUCCUCGAGCGUUGUCACCCACUGGGCGUAUUCGACACCUUGCCUGCAUUAUGCGUCGCCACGAGCGUUGAAGAGUUGUACCAGAGUGUCCUCGUCGAAACUCCACUAGCCCCCUACUUCCGAGACUGCCUCUCAGCAACAGAUCUCGACGACCUCAACAUCGAAAUCAUCCGCAACACAGUCUACAAAGCCUACCUCGAAGACUUCUACCACUUCUGCAGCACCCUCAGCCCACCCACAUCCGACGUCAUGCACCGCAUCCUCUCCUUCGAAGCCGACAGGCGCACAGUCAACAUCACCAUCAACUCCUUCAACACCGAGCUCUCGAAAGAAGCACGUGCGAAGCUGUUUCCUUCCAUCGGGCGUUUGUGGCCCGAAGGGAACAACCAAUUGGCAAAGGCGGAGGAGAUGGACCAGGUCCGCCAGGCGUGUGAGAACGUCAUGGAGUACCGCUCCUUUUUCGCCGACUCGUCUUCGUCGCAAGGAGGAGGCAACGACGAUCUGGGUGCGGCUUCGCAGCUCGAGGACCGGUUCUUCCAGAUGGAGGUCCGGUUGAACAAGGAGGCGUUCUUGCAGCAGUUCCAGUACGGCGUGUUCUUCAGUUACAUGAAGUUGAAGGAGCAGGAGAUUAGGAAUUUGACGUGGAUUGCAGAGUGUAUUGCCCAGGAUGCGAAGGAUAGGAUACAGGACUUUAUACCCAUCUUUUAG